CGAAAAAAGGAAAGAUAUCCGGUGUAAAAGUAUUCCUUGGCCCCUCUCUUUCAAUUCAUUUCUAGUAAAAUUCUUCCUUCUUUUUGCAAUUGGGGCAAAAGUUUUAGCUUUUAAUGUUUCCUCCCAAAUCUCUUCUUAUCAAACCCGGAUUCGUCUAAUUGAUCUCUCUUUAAUCUACGAAUAUUCAGAUAAAUUUCUGUGUUUUUAGGAUUCUUAAUCGAUUACUAUGUUUAUUUCAUCUUUAUCUGUAGUUAAUUCCGUCGUCGUGCGUCAAAAUCUUCGCGUUUUGGGUCCUGGUCUCAAUCCGUUCUCUCCCUAUUGCGUUGCCAAUCACACCUCUUCUUCUCAGCAACUGGGUCCGUUUUGUUUUCAGCGUAAGUUGUCUAAAAAGCGAUUCUUUAGGUCUCUGGUGGACAGGGAUGAUAGGGGUUGGACCUCCCUUCAUAUCAGUGCUCGUAAAGGUGACCUCAAAGCGGUGAAGCAACUUAUUAAUGAAGGAAUGGAUGUGAAUGUGUCGGCAUGGGGCCCCAAAUCAAAUGGGGUUAGCCCACUUCACCUUGCUGCUCAAGGCGGCCACAUUGAAGUCAUGGAUGAAUUGCUUGAGCAGGGUGCUGACAUUGAUGCUAGAACCAAGGGUGCUUGUGGCUGGACCCCACUGCACAUUGCAGCCAAAGAAAGAAAGAGGGAAGCUGUUAAAUUCCUGAUUGAGAAUGGAGCAUUUUUGCCGGAUAACAUCGACGAUAGCAGAUUCAAUCCACCACUUCAUUAUUGUCCUGGUCUUGAAUGGGCAUACGAGGAGAUGAACCGUUUUCAAAGAGAAAAUCUAUCUGCAGGCAAGACCUCUUAUAGCUCCGAGAACUGAAUGCUGUUGCUUUCCAUCUCAUUCACGUGAAAGCUUGUUACAUUUUCUUCUGGUUUGGUAUUUGCAACUUUUUAUGCGUUAUAGUCUCGUCCUAUGUCCAGGAAAGUCUGCUGUGCGAUGAUGUUUGGUUUCACUUCUAAUAUGGGUGAUGUUAUGAUAAUGGUUUCACUUCUAAUAUGGGUGAUGUUAUAAUAAUAGUUGUAUGAUUCAGAUGCUUGUUCACAUUAUAAGCAAACGAUGUUAGUAGCCAAUCAGGCUUUGGUUGUAUUUUGUGUCCAAGAACUGAAUACGAACUUGAUUAAGGUUGGUGCUUCUGUGUA